GGAUGCACGUAGCGUGAUAGAGACGAUUGAUGUGAUCCUCCGCGUGUUCUGUGCGCGUGAUUUUAGAAUUAAUUUACCGUGACGAUCACGCGAUAAUGACGGACGGCACCGGCAACGAGGAUUCUGCAGUUAUUAAUUCCAUAUCCGAUCAAGGUAAAGCUACAGCUGGUACCGCAGGUCCUGUAGUUUUAUAUUCAACUGCACAAGCAUGGCGAGUCCAAUUCUAUCGCAGUUUCACACAUAUGGAUAUCUUGGAAUCAUCGGAUGAAGAGGAAGACCUGUCUCAAUAUCAAUUUGAAGAUGAUCUCGAGUAUCUCAGAUCUCUUGAUCCAAGAGAUUGGAAAGAUCAGGAUCAUUAUGCUGUUCUAGGUUUGAAAAAUCUUAGGCACAAAGCGACGGAAGAUGUUAUUAAAAGGGCUUAUAAACAAAAAAUAUUAAAACAUCAUCCUGAUAAACGGAAGGCAAUGGGUGAAGAGAUCCGACCAGAUGACGACUACUUUACAUGUAUAACUCGCGCCUGGGAGACCCUCGGGAAUCAACUGAAAAGGCGAAGUUAUGACAGUGUUGAUCCUUAUUUUAAUGAUAAUUUGCCGGAUGAGAAAGAUUGUCGGAACAAUUUCUAUGAAGUACUAGGUAAAGCGUUCAAAGAGAAUUCACGAUGGUCCGUAAAAAAGCCGGUGCCACAUUUAGGCGGACCAUAUACCCAACGAGAAAAAGUAGAGGAAUUCUACUCCUUUUGGUAUGACUUUGAUUCCUGGCGCGAAUACUCGUAUCUUGAUGAAGAAGAUAAGGAGAGUGGUCAAGAUCGGGAUAUGCGCAAAUGGAUUGAGAAGAAGAACAAAGCCACGAGAGCAAAACGAAAAAAAGAAGAAAUGACGCGAAUACGGACAUUAGUAGAUAUGGCUUAUAAUAUAGAUCCUAGAAUAAAGAAGUUCCAACAAGAAGAUAAAGAUAAAAAGAAUGCUGCAAAGAGAGCGAAACAGGAAGCGGCAAAAGCCAGGCAGCAAGAGGAAGAAAGAAUAGCUCGAGACGCAGCGGAAAAAGAAAGAUUGGAGAAGGAAAAGAAGGAAUCUGAAGAGAGGGCCAGACAGGAUGCGCUAAAACAGGAAAGGGAGAUGCAGAAAAAGGCAUUGCGUAAAGAAAGAAAAGCACUCAGAGACUUCUGCAAAGCGAAUAAUUAUUUUGCCCAGAAUUCGGCAGAGAGUCUCCGACAUAUGGAAAGUGUGGAGAAGAUUUGUGAGCUGUUUAAGCUAGUGCAGCUGGAGGAAGCGAUGAAGAAAUUGCAGACCGGCGGUAGGAACGCGUUUUUAAGCAUUAUUGAAGAGACGGAGCGGAGGAUUGAGGCAGAGCGCCGUGUGAAUGUGAUUAAUAACGAUGCGAGAAAUAUGCCCGAGAAACAAACCAAAACUUGCACUGCACCCUGGAGCGAGAACGACUUGCAACUUUUGAUAAAAGCGGUCAAUCUGUUCCCCGCCGGGACCAAUCAACGUUGGGAGGUGGUCGCGAAUUUCAUUAAUCAGCAUAGCGGUUCCACCAGUGGAGUUACACGCGAUGCCAAGGAGGUCUUGGCGAAAGCCAAGAGUUUGCAAUCAACCGACUUCAGCAAAUCAAGUUUGAAGGAGCAAGCUAAUAAAAAGGCCUUCGAUAAUUUCAUUGCCGAAAAGAAGAGCAAGGAUGCGGUCGAGGAGAGAAUGCCAGCCGUCACGGAACGUUUGGAUCAUCCAAUCGCGAAUGGUGUUACCCCUGAACCUAAAGACACAAAAAAAGAAACUACACCAUGGACACCAGGCGAACAGAAACUUCUUGAACAAGCCCUGAAAACCUACCCUACCACAGUCUCGGAUAGAUGGGACCAGAUCGCUGCGUGUAUACCAACUAGAACGAAAAAGGAGUGCAUGAGAAGAUACAAGGAAUUGGUCGAACUCGUAAAAGCGAAAAAGGCAGCACAAGUGGCGAAAUAAUAUUAACUCCACGUUAAGUUCGAAAUUUUUCUCUAACUUAUUGAACUCUAGUUAAACAAACAAUUUCGACGCGGCGAUUAAGUCAUUUCUCGAGACAAGGAUCUUCUGAGGAAUUGGGAUUUCCUUCGGAGAAUUAUAAUUGAAAUUUAAGACUGGACGACGAGAACCUUAGCUUACUCAUUGAGUACCAGUUCGCGUGUAUACCUGUGCCUUGCUACAGCCGAUACGUGCACGAGUGAGCUGCACGGCAUACACAGAAAUUUUACAUGUUUUUGUUGGAUGAAUUCUGCGACACAUUUUAAUUCUUACGCGCUGUACUUGUAACGUACCUUUGAUAAACCGUGCCGCUGCCAGUUAUUAUUUCCGUGGAUAAAUCUUAUAACUUGGGAGAAUCUCUUGUGUAUAGCUUCCACUUUGCAAUAUGAAUCUUCAUGAGCGAUCUAUACUUCGUGUUGUAAGUACUGUAAAAUAAAGAGAAACUGCUGCUGAACAACGGCUGGAGGACAACGGCAAACUUUAGAAACAAA